AUGGCUUCUGGAGCCGCUAACGCAAAGGAACAGCCUGAGAGGAAUGCACUUGGAGGAGCUCAGGAAAAGGCGGGGCAGUACGUGACGGUGCUGUAUAAAGACGGCCUGCCUGAGCGUGUGUACUCAGAGCAACUCCUGCCUGUCCAGAGCAGUCGGCAAAGGAUGGCCGAGAGCUCCAAACUCCAGCUCUUCGUCAAGGCGAGCGACGAUGGGGAGAGCAUCGGGCACUGCCCCUUCUGCCAGCGCCUCUUCAUGAUUCUGCUGCUCAAGGGGAUCCCCUUUACUCUGACCACCGUGGAUAUGAAGAGGGCCCUGGAUGUGCUGAAGGAUUUUGCCCCAGGAGCCCAGCUGCCCGUGCUGCUGUAUAACGGGGAGCCCAAAACCGACACCAACAAGAUCGAGGAGUUCCUGGAGGAGACCCUGGGCCCCCCAAACUUCCCCAGUCUGGUUCCCCGGUACAAGGAGUCGAGCACGGCCGGGAACGACAUCUUCCACAAGUUCUCUGUGUUCAUCAAGAACUCGCUGCCGGCCCAGGAUGAGGUGCUACAGAAGAACCUGCUGAAGGCCCUCCUGAAGCUGGACCGGUACCUGAGCACCCCCCUGGAGUACGAGCUUGUCCGGGACCCCAGCCUCACCAUCUCCCACAGGAGGUUCCUGGACGGCGACCAGCUGACGCUGGCCGACUGCAGCCUGCUGCCCAAACUGAACAUUGUCCAUAUCGUGUGCAAACAUUACCGGCAGCUGGGGAUCCCCCAGGAGCUGCGCGGGGUCUGGCGCUAUCUGGACAGCGCCAGGGAGGCCAAGGAGUUCAAAUACAGCUGCCCCAACAGCGAGGAGAUCGUGCAGGCCUAUUGCACCGUGGUCAGGCCGCUCAAGUAGGCAGAGCCCGACGCUGCCUCUGCUCAGCCUGGCGCUGCCCUGCACCCACUGCUCAUGGUGCCAGUGCUGGAGAGGGGCCUGGGGCUGCCCUGCCCAGCCUGGUCCUUCUUCAUCUGGAGCCACUGCCCCUCUCGCCUCCCCUGGGCGCAGCAGCCUCAGGGCUAGGCCAGCUUGGACUCUUGGGGGGCAGAGGAAGCCAUGUCCCCUUUGCCAGUCAGGACACAGGACAGGAUGGGACCUCCUGGCUCCUCAAACCCAGUCGCCAUCCCCUUCCUGUACUUAUUGGGGGGAAGCUCGUUCAGCACCUCUUCCUCCCCUCCCCCCACGCCAUCCUCGUCUCUCUCCUGCCGCCAGAGCCUUCUCCUGGCAACCCAGCUAAUGCUCUCCUUUCAGCUUCUGCUCCACCGGCUGGGCUCAGCCAUGCUCUCUCCACAGGGGGCUGCUGGCUGGGCCCUGUCGGCACGAGCAGUUAGUCCAGCACUGGCUCAGGUCUGCCCCGCUUAGAGACAGGCCAGGCCAAGCCACCAGGGGAGAUGGAGGCCGGAGCACCCACUGCAGCCCUGGCAGCGGCCACCUGCCCCAGGAGACGAUCGUGUGGGACGUGGGGCUGGGCUGGUGCAGCCAUUGCAGAGAGCCAGUGUGGCCUCACCACAGCCUUUGACAAUCAGUGCAGGGCCCGGGAAGCCCUGCAUGGCUCGGCCGGGCUGCCAGUGCAGGACUCCGGGCUCCCGGCAGGCAAUGGCCUUUGGCCGUUACUCAGCCCCAUAGCCAGAAGGAGUUCAACCGGGAAUGAGUCUGUCCCCUCCCCAUUUGAUGGGGGAAGGGGGGGGACCUGUAUUAUGUCAGAGCAUUUAAAAAUCAAUAAAUAGGAAAGCAAAGAGGUGGUGAUGUCAUGAAUGAGCAGCCUGCUAUGGAGAUGGGGCAGGGCUUGAGGGCAGAUUCUCGCCCCCACCUACCCCAGCUCCGCUCAGCCACAGGGAGAGGGGAUGCCCGCACGGUGCUAGAUACAUCUCCGCCUCCACAACAGCCCUGCAGAGACUUCAGACCCCGCCCCG